AUGGUAGAGCUUUUUCUAGCUGCCAGUGCUACAUAUAUAAGCUGUAAGACCAACCCUUUGCAGUCACAGGCUCGAGUUUGUCUGCAUCCAACACAUCUAGCAACUAUGAAGGUCAUCAUUUUGUGUACCGCUGUACUAAUAUCCAGCGUUUCUGCUGGUUUAUUAUCACCUGCACCCUACGCGUACGCCCGGCCAGCCCUUCUUGCCCGGCCAUACGCGCCGUAUGCUGUAGCUAAAGUAGCUGCACCCGUCGAAGAUUAUGAUCCAAACCCUCAAUACUCCUACGCUUAUGACAUACAGGAUGCUCUCACUGGUGAUUCCAAGAGCCAGCAGGAAAGUCGUUCUGGUGACGUCGUUCAAGGCUCCUACUCCCUGGUAGACCCUGACGGAACCCGUCGUAUAGUGGAAUACACUGCGGAUCCCCAAAACGGGUUCAACGCUGUGGUCAGCAGACAACCUCUAGGAGCAGUCGUGAAAGCAGCACCUAUUGCUGCUAUUCACUAA